UGUUUGUUCUCAGAUAAGAAGAUUCAUUUUACAAUAUUGAUUGAUUGGUUGACAAAAACAAACAAAAAGAAAAAAAGAUUCAUUAAUAAAUAGUCCCCCGGGAAAGAUUCAUAUCCACGUCACCAAACGCCUACCCAACCAUGCCACCUGUCCCCGUCGCCGUUCUCCUGCUCUCCUUGAUCGCCGUAUCCGCCGCGAGACAAAACCCCGAAGACGACGUCAUCAAACUCCCCUCGCAAGCUUCUAGGUUCUUCCGCCCUCCCAACAACGACGACGAUUCUUCAUCAUCCGGCACUAGGUGGGCUGUUCUAGUCGCCGGAUCGAGUGGUUACUGGAACUACAGGCAUCAGGCGGAUGUUUGUCAUGCUUAUCAACUUCUGAGGAAAGGAGGAUUGAAAGAGGAGAAUAUAGUGGUGUUCAUGUAUGAUGAUAUCGCUGAUAACGAAGAGAAUCCGAGGAAAGGGAUCAUUAUCAACAGUCCUCAUGGAAGUGAUGUCUAUCAAGGAGUUCCCAAGGAUUACACUGGAGAUGAUGUUACUGUUGAUAAUCUGUUUGCUGUGAUUCUUGGAGACAAGAGUUCUGUUAAGGGAGGGAGUGGGAAGGUUGUGGAUAGUGGUCCAAAUGAUCAUAUCUUCAUAUUCUACAGUGACCAUGGUGGUCCUGGAGUUCUCGGGAUGCCGACUUCUCCGUACUUAUACGCUAAUGAUUUGAAUGAUGUGUUGAAGAAAAAACACUCUUCCGGAAACUACAAAAGUUUGGUGUUUUAUCUCGAAGCUUGUGAGUCUGGAAGUAUCUUUGAAGGGCUUCUUGAAGAGGGUUUAAACAUCUACGCCACAACUGCAUCGAACGCAGUAGAAAGCAGUUGGGGUACCUAUUGCCCCGGAGAGGAGCCUAGCCCUCCACCUGAGUAUGAAACUUGCUUAGGUGACUUAUACAGUGUUGCCUGGAUGGAAGACAGUGGCGUGCACAAUCUACAAACUGAGACUCUGCGGCAACAAUAUGAACUUGUGAAAAGGAGGACUGUAGGUUCUGGGUCGAGUUAUGGUUCUCAUGUCAUGCAAUACGGCGAUGUAGGACUUAACAAGAAUAAGCUCGACCUUUACAUGGGAACAAACCCUGCCAACGACAACUUCACCUUUGUGGAUGCUAAUUCACUGACGCCACCACCUUCAAGAGUUACAAACCAGCGUGAUGCAGAUCUUGUCCAUUUCUGGGAUAAGUACCGAAAGGCACCAGAAGGUUCCACCAGAAAAACAGAAGCGCAGAAGCAAGUCCUUGAAGCCAUGUCUCACAGACUUCAUGUUGAUAACAGUGUGAAACUUGUAGGCAAACUCUUAUUUGGCAUUUCAGAAGGUUCUGAAGUACUAAACAAAGUAAGGCCUGCUGGACAACCACUCGCCGAUGACUGGAGUUGCCUUAAAAACAUGGUGAGAGCUUUUGAGAGACACUGUGGAUCCCUGUCGCAGUACGGUAUCAAGCACAUGAGGUCCUUUGCAAACAUCUGCAACGAAGAGAUCCAAAUGGAGCAAAUGGAAGAGGCAGCUUCACAGGCUUGCACCUCAAUCCCACCUGGUCCUUGGAGCUCUCUUCACCGUGGAUUCAGUGCUUAAAAACCCUAAUCCCUCUUUGCAUUUGUUAAUACUAGUACCAAUGCGCAAAUAUUCCUAUUCCUGUUUCGAUUUGUAAUGGUUAAUCUCCCUGUAUCUCAUUAUCAGUUCCCUCUUCAUUGUGUAAUUACAGAUUAUCCAUUUGCUAAUGUACAAAAUGCUUGUAGAAGCUGAAGUUAAUGUAUACAAAGGUUUGCUUAUUA